GUUUCAGAGAAUGUGGCAAUGAAACGACGGCGAAUUGCGCGUCGUUUGGUGCGUAUCAUCUGUGGUCGACGUCUACCGCAGACAUGGAGUACAGUACUCGUGCUUCUUUCUAUUCAUAUGUACCUCACAGUACCCGUUAUCAUGGCCGCUGGUAUUACGGAAUCGAUAACAGGCCUCCUUCGACCUUAUCGAGAUCUCCAAAAGAGAGGAAUUCUCCUUGGUGAAAUAGACGACGAUCUCCUUGAUCUUUUCUAUGAACAUGCUUAAUAAUUUUUGUGCAUAUAUUUUAUAAACAUUUAUCCAUAUAAAUGAGUGCAU